CCAAGGACCACGCACGUCCUACAAGGUCAUGGCCGCACCGCACACGGCCUCGAGCCACACUCAAACCAGACAGGACCGUCUGAGCAGACAACAUAGGAAGUGAGAAAGGUGAGACGGGAGGCUCGCUGCCGACGCCGACGGGCAAGAUGCAGCGCGCGUCCGCUCUGCUGCUCUGCUCCCUCUGUUGCCUCUUCGCGCGGCCGUCGCAGGCGUUCCUCGACGGCACGCGCGGCGCCGGGGCGUACAUUUCUCGGCUGCUUAGCGAGGGAUACGGCGAGGAGAAGAUCCCCAUGGCCGUCGUGGUGCCGUCGGUGCCAGAUUACUCCCCGCGGCCGGCACCGACCACUGUCGCUGUCGCCGCGCCCGCGCCCGCGCCAACGCCAACGCCAACGCCGGUGCCCGGCUCGGAGGAGUACAUGCCGAAGCUGCCGUCGGACAGGCUGAGCCCUGGGGCGCCAGCCAGCGGCAAUGCGGGCGCACCGGCACCUGCCGCGUCGGGCGAGGGGGCGAGCACCGCCUUCAUCAGCAGCAACCCCGUGGUGCCGCUCCCCGCCGGCGUCACCGACUCCGCAACCGUCCUGCCCAUGCCCACCCCCGGACAAGAGCAGCGGCAGGACGUGGGGAUGGGCACCCUGCUUCAGGCCAGGGCGGUGCCGUUGGUCGCUCCUCUCCUCAUGGUGCUCUACUUUUGAGUUUCUUGUUGGGGUACUAGACUAGUAGUUCCUUUCUCUUAUAAUCAUCGAGUGAUUAGUUGUCAGAAUAUGCGCUUGUAAUCAGCACCGUAGUGCUUUCGUUAUCAUCUAGUAGGCCGUUGUAAGCUCUAACCAUCUGUAAACAGUGUCACCUCUGCUCACUGCAUGCUUCUUGUCUCUUGUUA